GACAGGUGGAGGUGUGGCUGAGCCGCGGGUUUGCAGGAUGACUUGAAAAUGCUGCAGCAUCCGACCGUCCCUCCUCCCCCUCUUCCUCCCUCUACUGCUCCUCUUCCUCUUCUCUCCAUCUUGUGCAUACCGGCUGUUUCCUUCCCCUUCUUCCUCCCAGUCUGCGUGCUCUCGUCCUGCCGUGCAGUCCUCUCAGACCUCUGUUGUAGCACCAAAAGGAGGAGGAGCCACCAGCACACACACACACACACACACACACACACACACACGCAUACUCCCACAGACACACACGCUCACUCCCAUCAUCUCCUCUGCACGCUCGCUGUAAUCACCAGACAGGCCCGUUUGGAGAAAGGGAGCCCAGCCGUCUCGUUUCCCAAGAUGGAUGUAUUCAUGAAGGGGUUCUCCAUGGCCAAGGAGGGUGUGGUGGCCGCUGCAGAGAAGACCAAAGCCGGCAUGGAGGAGGCAGCAGCUAAGACCAAGGAAGGGGUGAUGUAUGUAGGCAGCAAGACAAAGGAGGGAGUUGUGUCCUCAGUAAACACAGUGGCCAACAGGACCGUGGACCAGGCCAACAUCGUGGGAGACACAGCGGUUGCCGGUGCUAAUGAAGUGUCCCAGGCGGCCGUGGAGGGGGUCGAGAAUGUCGCCGCGUCGACCGGGAUGGUGAACCAGGAGGAGCCUGUAUACGAGGGAGAAUAUGGGGGAAUGGAGCAAGGUGGAGAAGGAGGAGAGGGCUACUAGUCGUCUCCAGGACCUUCCCUCCCGUGCUCUUCGGUGUCCCUUCGCUCCCCUCGCCUCGCUGUACCAGACUUCAGAUGUUCUACUUAUUUUUUUGUGACUUUACAGAAGGAAAAUCAACUAAAAGGGACACUACCGGAUACGGCACCUAUGCCCCAAUGUCUCCCCCUGUGUGAUCUCCGUGAUGCCUCUCCCUCAGCAGCUCUCUGCCACCUGUCCUCACGCCGUCUCCUCCCCCGUUAAUUUCCUGCAGCUUGUAGCUUUUCCUCCACUGUCAGUCUUACUCUCGCCUCACCUGUGUGUUAGUGGCCACCUGAUAUGAAGCCUGGUGUUGUUAUAGCCCUACGGCCACCAACCGAUGGGGAAACCUUGCACGCAAACACACAUGUACAAAAUAAAGAAUAAAGUGACACCUUUAUUCAACACAUGCAUGGAACACGCAUACAGUACAUACCGCAAAUGCACAGAUACACACCCAGGGGCAAACAUGUUAACUGUAGAAUAUUUUGGUUGCAUAAAUACAGGUUUUCCUCUGCAGUCCAUGACAAUGACAAGUGACUGAGGCAGGGUAUGAGAGGUUGUGUGAUCUGCUUUUUGUGUGCGUGUGUGUUAUGCUUAUAUAUAUAUGUGUGUGUGGUGUGUGCAUGUGUCUCCAAAGGCUUGUGCAAGGGAUCGUGCAUUGAGGACAGAUAUGUGUCUGUUUUGUGUGCAGUAGUUAGUUAGCUGCAGUAGACCGCAUGAACAGAUGUGUAGGAUGACUUGUCGUGUGUUGUAACUGUAGACUAGCAGUUGUUCUGUGUAGCUUUGUAUGGCUUGUUUGGCCUCAACAUUUAGAAACAGGGUCAUUAACCAGGAAGAAAUACUCAGUGCUCAUUUCUCCUCAGCUGUUUGUGUUGCAUGACAAUUCAAGAUCAGUUGUUACACAAGUCAAGUUUUCAAAUGUUCGAGGAUGGAAUCGAUCAUCUAAGAUGUUUGUGGCUGAAUUAAAGGGAGACAAUAUUAUACUAAUAUUAUACCAGAUUUUGAUUCUGAAAUUCGGAUUAGAGUAGGAGGAGAUGUCAGGGAUUCCCCCCAACCAGUGUUGAUCCAACUUUGGCAGAAAACAAUGUGGUCUGGACCCCAUCAGCUGAUUAUUUCCAUUCCAAACACUGGCUGAAUAUCUGGUGAUAUUACCUGAAAGUCUUGGGUUUCAAUACAUCAGAUCAAGAGUUCAAACAUGAUACAGAACAUAUUACCAUUCUUUUUAAAUAUUCAGCUACUUAAGCAGUUUAAAUUAAAAGAGAAACCUGGAAAAGGUUUUCAGUGACUUUGGAGCAGCUGAUACUGAUCACCUCUUGUUGUUGUGUAGUUGCUUUUUAGUCUUUGUGCGCUGGUUUGCAUGACAUCAGGAGAUACAACGCAGUGUGGAAAUUAGUCUCUUCAAUAUUAUAAUUUCUGUGAUAAAUAGCAUUGAUUCAGUUGGGGAAUGAGUAUACUGAGAGAAUGAAGGUUGGGCUUUUUUAUCCAGUAUUACCUUUUUGUGUAGUUCUGUGUAUAGCUUGAAUUCUGGGAUGUGUACUUGUUUUAAGGGUAGUUAUUUCAUAUUUCACACUAACUAGUCUGAACCAUGGCUGCUGUGAGUAUCCCGCCCAUCAACUGUCUCAGCCAAUCAGAGGAUUCCUUUUUUCUCACUGCACAUCUGCCCGGCAUGUGUCUGUCUGUAUGCGCUGUAUGUGUGUUGAUGUGUUGUGUUGUCAUAGAGAUGGUUCAGCCAGCAAAGUGUGUGUGUGUUUGUUCUGGAGCAGGUUUGUGUGUUUUUACUUUGAGGCCAAUGGAAAAUGAUGACUGCAUGUUGCCUUAUCAAGCAAUCUGACAUUCACAUACAUAGUCAGGCUCACACGAAGACUAUACAGUGCACAACACCUACCAACACACACACAGUACACUCUAAAUAACAUGCAAUCACAAAUUCACAAAUCACAUACAAUGUUUAAGUUGGCAUCAAAGCAGACUUGCUGAUUUUAUAAACAGUACCAGUGAAAUUAAAAAGGUUUUGUUGAAAUCCAGAAA